CCAUUCUGUUUGCAAGACACAAAAACAGCGCUGCACAAAAGAAAGCAGGCCACAGCAACUCGAAGGGUUUUUUCCUCCUCUAAAUUUACCACUUCGGCAUAAUUCCAUCAUGAGCUCGUUCGAAAAAGUGGUUGUCAUCGACGGUAAGGGCCAUCUCUUGGGUCGCCUUGCCUCCAUUGUUGCCAAGCAGGCCCUUACCGGUCAGCGCGUCGUUGUUGUCCGCUGCGAGGAGUUGAACGUCUCUGGCUCCUUCUUCCGUAACAAGCUGAAGUACCACGCUUUCCUCCGCAAGCGUUGCGUCGUCAACCCCGCUCGUGGUGCCUUCCAUUUCCGUGCUCCCUCGCGCAUCUUCUACCGUGCGAUCCGCGGAAUGACCCCCCACAAGACUGCCCGUGGUGCUGCUGCUCUUGACCGCAUCAAGCUCUUCGAGGGUGUUCCCCCACCCUAUGACCGCAUGAAGCGCAUGGUCGUUCCCUCGGCCCUCCGCGUCCUCAAGCUCAAGCCUGGCCGCAAGUACUGCACCAUCAAGCGUGUCUCGCACGAGGUCGGCUGGAAGUACAACGAUGUCGUCGCCAACCUCGAGGAGAAGCGCAAGGUCAAGUCCAAGGCUUUCUACGAGCGCAAGAAGGCCAUUGUCAACGUCCGUGCCAAGGCCACCGCCACCAAGUCCUCGGAGUUGGCUGCCGUCCAGAAGAAGAUUACUGCCCUCGGCUACUAAGUCCAUUUUUUUUUCUUUUCUUUUUUGUUAAAGUCAUCCUUUUGUCUUAAUGAAAAGAAAGAAAGAAAGAAAAAUAACACGUAUUGUCAAUUGUAAGAAGAAAAGAGUCCCCUAUUGUUUUGAUAUAUGAU